AUGGCCGGCAAACUAUGUUCAAACUGUGCCAAAAUCCCUCCGCCCCGAUACUUCAACAGAUCCUCCAACUUCCCCCACAAAACAAUCGGCACCAAGGAGCGCAUAACCCGACAUAAAGACCGCUGCCCCUUCUGCCGCCUCAUCUACAACGCCCUAUUCGCCGGCCCAGUGCACUACAAAGGCACCGACAAAUGGAAAAUCGCCGUAAUCUGGAACGGAAACUUCUACUACUUUAGCACGGGCUUCGAAGAGCCCGACAUCCGCCUCGCCGUCAUCCAAGAAGAGAAGAAAGAGCCAUCGCCCGCAAAAUACGCCAGACCCAUCACAAGCACGCAGGUCUCCACCACCAAGCUCAAGACCUGGCUCAGCCUGUGCGAGAAGAACCACCGGAAACAAGGCUCCGCGCUCCAGCAGACGCUGGGCGAACCUGCACCGCCCGUGGCGCCGGGGCGCGUGAUUGAUGUUAAUGAUGCGUGCGUGGUUGCGUUCCCGGGAGCCGGAGCAAGGGGCACGUCGAAGAUCCGGUAUGUGACGUUGAGUUAUGUGUGGGGCGAUGCGGCGCAGUAUACGUUGUCCAAGGAGACGAGGACGCGGCUUAUGAGUCCGGGGUCGCUGGAUGCGAUCCGGGAACGGAUCCCGAGGACGAUCGUCGAUGCGAUGGAGGUGGUGAGGAAGAUGGGGAUUCGGUAUCUUUGGGUUGAUGCGUUGUGUAUUGUUCAGGAUGAUGCGGGGGAUAAGGCGAAGGAGAUUCAGAGGAUGGAUUCGAUUUAUGAGGGGUCGGUGUUUACGCUGGUGGCUGCUUCGGGCAGGAGUGCGAAUGCUGGGCUGGCGGCUGUGCAUCGGCGGAAGGGGGAGCAGGUUGUUGAGACUAUUUGGCCUGGGAUUAGGAUGACGGCUAUUCAUUCUGUUACGGAGAUCAUUGAGAAUAUGAAGUAUGGGACGAGGGGAUGGACGUUCCAGGAGCAGAAUCUCUCGUCUCGUCUUCUUGUGUUCACUGAUGACAUUGUUUACUUCCAGUGUCAUCGGUGCGUGUGGAGCGAGAAUAGUCGUGCUGACGAGACGCCGAGGAUUCCCACGGCGUUAGGUGGUCCUCGAUCAUCGAAUAAUAUGGACAUGACAUCCAUUCCAUGGCAUAUGUACUCAGACUAUCUGGGGCAGUAUUCCCAGCGACAACUAAGAAAUGACGAGGAUAUAGUGAACGCCAUGACUGGCAUUCUCAACAGAAUAUCACGGAAGCUAAAAUGCACGGUGCUCUACGGACUAUUAACAGACUCAUUCGAGUGGAGUCUGCUCUUUUACACAACAUAUUACCAUCGACGAGCAGAGUUCCCAAGUUACUCAUGGGCCGGCUGGAAAGGCGAAUUCACAUGUUCUUUCCCCGAACCAGACGACUUCGACCGAGACGAAUCAGAAAGCUCCUCAGACGACGACUUCGAUCCCGAAAGGCUAAGCACGCAAGCCCGCGAAACAGCAGCCAAGAACAGCUGGAUCGUCUGGCACGAGCGCCAACCAGACGGGAGCUUGCACCUACUAACCAAAAGAGAUAACGUCGCGGCGCGCAAACAGACAAUCAAGACACUGAAGCAGUACCUGUUCAAGAAGCGAGCACGCAUGGAGGACUCGGUGUCCGCCACCAGCCCGACAAGAACCCUUGAGGAUAUCGCCUUUCCGGCUUACUCGGUCCUGCAAUUCUGGACCAUCUCGCUCAAUUUGCGCGUCCAGGAGUUCCCCGUGCCAUCUGCGCAUCGCGCUGAUCUUGUCGAUAAACAGGGCAGAAUAUGUGGGCAGCUCCAGAUGCCGAAGGAUUUGAAGCCGACGUAUGGGGUCGCUGUUGAGAUUAUCUUAUUGCUUUCGUGCAAUGUGACCGAGGCGCUUGUUCCGAACCGACAAAGGUGGGAUGGGGUUGAUUCGGCGGGGGCCAUACAAAUGGCAGGUGGCGAGCCUUUGGAGCUCUUUAAGGUUAUGUGGAUUAAGUCUCAUCGGGGGAUAUCGGAGCGGAUGGCCGUGGGUGAAAUACAGCAGAAGGCGCUUCGACAUGCAGAAGGCAAACCGGUCUGGAAGGAAAUCAUUCUGAAAUGA